CCCGGAUGAGGCGCAUGCGCAGAGCGGCGCUCGGUCAGUGUGUGUCUCGGUGUUCAGACGUGUUCAUCUGUCGGUGAUUCUGCGCGUGAUUUCCGCCGUUUCUGCUCUCCGGUAAAGAUGAAACUGCUGCAGAAACUGCUGCUGCUGCUCCUGUUGGCGUUUCCCGCCACGCUGAUGCUAAAGGGUCCUGUAGUGUCUGCUCAGGACGCCACCGAGGAAGAGGAGGCUGUGGACGAAGAUGCAACUGAUGAUGUGCUGGCGGAGGAUGAGGAUGAUGAAGCUGAGGUGGAGGACGAUGAGAACACUGAGCUGACGGAAGAGAAAGAGGAAGAGGAAGAAGAAGCUCUAGUGGGAGAGAUGAAGGCUUCACCCAACGCAGACACCACCAUCCUGUUCGUCAAAGGAGAAGAUUUCCCAGCCAACAACAUCGUGAAGUUCCUGCUGGGCUUCAGCAAUAAGGGCUCGGAGAACUUCAUGGUGGAGUCUCUGGACGCCUCCUUCCGCUACCCGCAGGACUUCCAGUUCUACAUCCAGAACUUCACGGCGCUGCAGCUGGGCACGCUGGUCCCUCCACAGCGCCAGGCUACUUUCGAGUACUCCUUCAUCCCCGCUGAGCCCAUGGGCGGGCGACCCUUCGGCCUCGUCAUCAACCUCAACUACAGGGACGACAGCGGAAAUGUCUUCCAGGACGCCGUCUUCAACCAGACUGUCACCAUCACUGAGAGAGAGGACGGCCUGGAUGGAGAAACGAUCUUCAUGUAUGUGUUCCUCUCGGGUCUCGGCUUGCUAUUGGUCAUCGGUCUUCAUCAGCUGCUUGAAUCACGCAAGAGGAGACGGCCAGCAGCUAAAGUGGAGAUGGGCACAUCCAACCACAAUGAUGUGGACAUGAGCUGGAUCCCACAGGAAACACUCAACCAGAUCAUGGCGAGUCGGAGAGAUAAAGCGUCCCCCAGACGGUCUCCGCGUAAGAGGACUCAGAAGCGCUCCGCCGGCUCCGACGAGUGAAGGAGGACACGGAGUGUUUAGGAUGCCAACAGAGACUCUCUUACACACACACACGCACACACACACACACACACACACACACACACACACACACACACACACACACUGACAUUUACAGUCAGUUACAUGCACUCAUGAACACACAUACUCACUCACACACACACUGAGUUCUACAGUCAGGUACUCAUGAACACACUCUUAUAUACACACACACACACACACACACACACACACACACACUCUCAUAUACACUCUUA